GCCAACCCUCGGAAAAAAUAAAUAAUAAACAGCACAAAAAUCAUCAAUCAUGAAUCCAGCGUGUAGCUUUGUGUGCAGCGUGGGCGUACGAGAGCGUUUGAAUUAUUAAGAAAGAAACACGACAUACCAUUAAGUCACAGGACAUACAAGUUUUUUACGACAGGUCAACCCCAUAGUUUGAGAUGGCCGACGCACUCGCAGAAUUGAAUUCAUUUUUAGGACCAGAUGUCAGGCCUGACCUGAAGGAUCUGGCACUACAACACAUAUUAGGUAUCAGUGGAUGUGAUGAGGGCAGGAAGUUGUUUUUGGAGUCACGUGAUAUUGUUGGCGCCCUUCUGGAGGCGUGCAAGCAUUGGAAAACACCAUCGUUAGCACGGGAUGCUGCUCUGGCUCUCAUAAAUCUGACCGCCUCGCCUUUGUUAAAUGCCAUAAUAAUUGAAAAGGGUGGCAUCCUAACUCUCGUAGACGCUGGUCUUGAUCCUGAGAGCCCAGUUGCAGACCCUGCUCUAAUGGCACUUUGCAACAUUACAAGAGACAAAGAGGCCGCAGAUGUUGCUUGGUCUUUGCUGAAGGUGAGGUUGAAUGAAAUCCUUAAAGCACUAUCCAACCUGCAACACAACAAGAAGGCGCAGAACCUUCAUUACCUGGCGCCUCUGAUCUCUAACUUAUCACAAGUGGCUGACGCCCGGAAACAGUUGUUGGAGCUUCCUGCAGUGAACACACUUGUUGCAUUUACAAGAUUCGAGUCCUCAGGAGUGCGCCGUGGAGGUGUCGUGUCAACCCUGAGGAAUUUGUGCUUCGAAGAUGAAGUUCUAGAAUUGGCAUCAGACUUUCUUCCUCCAAUCCUUCUGCCAUUGGCUGCUCCAGACACAGGCUACACUGAUGAAGAGACUGACCAAUUGCCCAUAGACCUCCAGUUCCUUCCACCUGAACACAAAAGGGAGCCAGAUCCAGAUCUUCGACGACUCUUGUUGGAAUCUUUGUGCCAGCUUGCUGCUUCCAAACGAGGACGAGAAGUCUUGAGAGAAAAUGGGACUUACUUAGUACUUCGGGAACUGCACAGAUGGGAAGAAGACAAAGAGGCUCUGCUUGCUUGUCAAAAUCUUGCUGAAUUGUUAAUAAAAAAGGAGGAAGAAAUUGGAGUCGACGAUUUGCGAAAAUUAGAUGUUCCUCAAGACCUUGUAUCAUCCUUUGAUGCCAUGGACAAAGAUUUUAUCAAUUCUUAGUAUUAAUUGACAUUUUAAGUAUUUUGACAAUAAAAAUUUAAAAAUA